CAAAUGCAUUGCAUUUGUAAUUGGGAAAUGACCGAAAGAGAUGAAAAGGCCGCACAAGGAUGUUUCAUCCUAUAUAUUCAUCACGGUCCUGUACCGAAAAUGGUCUCCUACUGGCAGUUCCACACGUCCUUUAAUUGCAGCAAUUGGCGCUUGAAUUAAAAUCAUAUCUUACAAUGCCUGAAACGACACCUCAAACUCUCGAUAGGCCUCUCGAUGCCACAGAAUCGUCUGAGUCUUGGCAGCUCACCUCCGUGCAGAAGCAAGAAAGGAUUCACAAGAAAGCUUCCAGCGACGACGCAGAGCCCAAGUACAAAUAUCCAUCGGGGCUUCCUCUUUACCUUAUCCUUACAUCAGUUACGCUGGCUUAUUUCCUAUUUUUUCUGGACCUUGCUGUCAUUUCCACAGCUACUCCUGCCAUUACCUCCCGGUUUGACUCUCUGGUCGACGUCGGCUGGUAUGGUGGAGCCUAUCAGCUUGGAAGUGCAGCGUUCCAACCCUUGAGCGGCAAACUAUACAGUCAAUUUUCCACAAAGGCGUGUCUUGAUCUAUAUUCCCUCUACCUGUCUCCCCUCCUCUCCUGGACAUUCCUUGCCUUCUUCUUCGUCUUUGAGGUUGGGUCUGCCAUAUGCGGAGCGGCCCAGUCGUCACCCAUGUUCAUCAUCGGCCGUGUCAUCUCGGGCGUGGGCUCUGCUGGGGUGGCCAACGGUGCUCUGACAACCAUUGCCGCCGUCCUCCCAACAAGGAGACAACCACUUUUCAUGGGGCUCAACAUGGGCAUGGGCCAGCUGGGACUUGCGACGGGCCCCAUCAUCGGAGGUGCUUUCACCUCAAACGUGUCGUGGCGAUGGUGCUUUUAUAUCAAUCUCCCUUUGGGCGGCGUCGUCGGCGGUUUUCUUCUCUUCAACAAUAUACCUGAACCGAAACCCAAGCGUCCAGCUCUAGAGGUUCUCGGCACGGCCAUUAAGUCUCUGGAUCUCCUUGGAUUCUUUCUCAUCUGUCCCGCGGCCGUCAUGUUCCUCCUGGGUCUGCAGUAUGGCGGUAACCAAUAUUCAUGGGACAGUUCGGUUGUAAUUGGCUUGCUAGCUGGGGCUGCCGUCACCUUUGGCUUGUUUCUGGUCUGGGAGCAUCGUCAGGGUGACGGGGCCAUGGUGCCAUUUGCCAUGCUCAAACACCGCGUCAUCUGGUCGACUGCAAUGACCAUGUUUUUCAGCCUUUCCAGUGUCCUCGUGGCUGAUUUCUACAUUGCAAUCUUUUUCCAGGCGAUCCGCGAUGAUUCGCCAUUGAUGAGCGGCGUGCACAUGCUCCCAAUCACACUUGGGUUGGUCAUGUUUACCAUGGUCUCUGGCGUCUUGAUCUCUGUUUUGGGCUACUAUCUUCCAUUCAUUCUUGUGGGAGCCUCCAUAUCGGCUAUUGGCUAUGGGCUCUUGUCACAACUAAGUCCGACGACCUCCGUUGCAAAAUGGAUCGGAUACCAGAUUCUUUACGGUGUCGGAAGCGGUUGCACAGCCGCGGCUCCCUACAUCGCCAUACAAAACCUCGUACCUGCGGAGCAGAUCCCCCUCGCGAUGGCCAUUAUAAUUUUUAUGCAAAAUAUAGGAGCCGCCACCUCUUUGAUCGCUGCAAACGCCAUAUUCAGCAACAGCCUUCGACACCAGCUUCAGCAGCGCUCUGAACAAAUUGGCCAUGCUCCGGAUAUCAUCGUCUCCGCCGGGGUUCGCUCCAUUCGUAAGCUGGUAUCUGGAUCACAGCUAGUUGCUGUGCUCGCGGCCUACAGCAAAAGCAUCGAUCACGUCAUGUACCUUGGUCUCGGUGUCAGCGUUGCCGUCUUGGUAUUCGCUUGGGGGCUUGGAUGGAAAGAUAUUCGCAACGUCAAGGAUCUCAAGGCCAUUACCGACGGCUCUUCUGAAAAAGAGGAUAAACAGCCAACGUCAGAUGAAGUAGUAAUGGACAAUAAUUAGGGUAGUGGCGAACGAUGGGUUGGACAAGACAUUUACUGCCGUUUUGUCAGAAAAUAAGUCUGUAGACAGUCGGAACAAGAUCAGAGCAAUGUAGAUCUAUAUGGUAGUAUACAAGACUCAUUACUGAGGAC